AUGCUACAAGGAGACAGCCCUCAGGAACAGAUCCAGGCACUCCGCUCCGUCAACAGAGGCGUCCCACCCAACUCCAUUCCUCCUGCCAGCCCUGAUGAGAUCUAUUACGUUGACACCCAACUCGACCCUGACACCUACAAGGAGUUCAUUUUCUGGGACGAUAUCGUUCAGGCAUUUGAUCACGCGGUCCAAGUCCGGCACAAGGCGAGAGUCGUUACGUUCCUCAGAGGAAAAGACAAUAUAAUUCUUGAGCCCCGCAGGAUAGCCGCCAUGCCGAACAUUGUCUUGGAUGUGGUCGUAGAUACUCCGUUGACAGACAAUGUGGGGUCCGGUUCUCCACUGGUCCGACAUCUGGAGCUUCAGUCAGUGCCACCGCAGGACGACAGCGCGAUAAAAGUUGAGGUUGUUGAGGUUGUAUCCCGGGAUGCCAUCUCAACACCCAGUGCUACGUCGAUGCCCGUUGCUGUGACUGUUACAUCCACGCCCAACGCAACAGCCGCUCCCACUGCAACAGCUGCCUCCUAUGCAAUAUCCACUGUCCGACGGAACCCAGUCUACGGUCUUGUAGAGGAGGCGAUGGAAAACUACACUCACAUCGACAGACCCCUUGAGUUCCCCUUAGCUCGAGGUCCACAUGCAGCACUGGACGAUCUUCUAACCCCUUCAUAUCCAAUCAGCGACGAUGAAGGUCAGCAACGUGCACCCCAGAGUGCAAUAACUAGUCUAUCCGUGGAGAUGAAGUGGGCAGAGGCGAUCAUCAAUGCUAGUCAUGGAGACAAGGACGCCCAAGUCGCGCUUGGCGACAUGUACAGGGACGGCAAAGGGGUUGCGCGAGACUAUCAGUCGGCCAUGGAUUGGUACCUCAAGGCCGUCGAGCAAGGAGACGCAGCUGGUCAGCAGAGAGUAGGCGCCCUCUACGAAGAAGGAUUUGGUGUCCCCAAGAACUACUCAACAGCCAUGGAUUGGUACCUCAAGGCCGCCGAACAAGGAUAUGCUAUCGCUCAAGAUAGCAUCGGAGUUCUCUACACCUUUGGUCAAGGUGUUCCUCGGGACUAUGGACGAGCUAUGGACUGGUAUCUCAAGGCCGCUGAUCAAGGAUAUGCUCUCUCUCAAUACAGCAUUGGGUGUCUCUACAGGAACGGCGAAGGUGUUCCCCAAGAUUACGCACUGGCGAUGGAAUGGUUCCUCAAGGCAGCCAAUCAAGGUGAUUCUUUUGCUCAAAACAACAUCGGCCUUCUCUGCAACCAUGGUCGAGGUGUUCCUCUGGAUUACGCGCAGGCGAUGGACUGGUUCCUCAAGGCUGCCAAGCAAGGGAACGACGUUGCUCAAUUCAACAUCGGCCUAUGUUAUAUCAACGGGCAAGGUGUUCCACAGGAUUAUACAAAGGCCGCGUGGUGGUUCUCUAAGGCUGCUCACCGAGGACACGAUUACGCCAAGAUAGUAUUGGAGGCCUUGCAGGGAAUUGGCGUUGUUGUGAAUUAA